GCUGUGUCAGUAGUGUGCAGGGUGGGGAGGGGAGGGGCAGGCUGCUAGGUUUCUCAAACAACAGUCACCACCCAGCCAUGGCAUCUGCCGCACUUCUGCUGCUCCUGCUGUUCCUAUUGGUGUUUUUGCUGCUGUUAUCCGCUGACAGUGUGAGGGGCGGUGUGGCAGUCACCGGGGACUUGGCGGUGGAAUCCUUCACAGGUGGCGCGCCAGCAGCCCCCUCUCACGUUAAGACGCUGCUAGACGUCCCUGAGGCUGGUGUUGUACAGGGCAACACAAGCGGUGGUUUGUUUCUACGCCUCUCGUGGCAAGCAAGUGGCGGAAGGAGUGCUGGGGCCAAGCGAUAUUGGCACCGCACCUUGACGCCCCCGCAAGCACGGUUUGGUUCCUUUGAGGCGUGGCUGGAUGCUUUCAUGUACACACUCAAACGUGACACGAUAUUCAACGUGGCAAAAAUAGGUGGUCUCAUCCUGCUGUAUUAUUUUGCCCCCGAGGUGUUCACCUGGGUUAGCGGCACCCUGGGAUGAACACAAUGCCUCUCACCUUUCAGAACGACAGGUGUUAGCUUAUCCUUCUACUUCUUCCUGUGUGUGUGUGUGUGUGUGUGUGUGUGUGUGUGUGUGUGUGUGUGUGUGUGUGUGU